AUGCUGGCAACACUAUUCAAUAUUGUCUGUUACUUGUUGGCACGUUAUAGACAAGUAGUACGCAAGCGAAGAAGAUACCACCAACAACUACCAGCUACCAAUGGUGCCAUUGACACCAAACCAUUGCUCAACAGACUUCGUGUUGGGAGUGAGGAGCACCAAGAUGAGGAGGAUAUAGUGUCAAAGGAAUACUCGAUAAACAACUCAUCAAUGUCUGAGUUGUUCCAGGAUAGGGACACCGAGUCCUUGCCCCUCUCGCCCAAAUCCUCUCCAAAAUGUACAAUGUCAUUGUCGCCACAACGUCUAUCUGGUGUAACGCCACAACAAGGAUAUCAUCAUCAUCACAAGAUGGACAAUGAUGAAGUGACCAAACCUAUGAUCAAUCAUUUAGUAUUCUGCUUAUCCAUUGCAGACUUUAUUGCAUGCUCUGCCAUUGUAUUCUCCCAAUUAUGUAUGCUGCUCAAAGUAGAAUUUGUCCAUCAGUUCAACUUCUGUGUCUACAUCCGCUGCAUCAUACACUUUGGAUUCCUAUCAUCAUUCCUCUGGACAAACUGUAUCGCCUACCACUUGCUUCGAGAGACUUAUGGAGGAGACAGACCAUAUAGAGUACCAUUGAUUGUGUUCCAUUUGAUUGGAUGGGGCGUAUCCCUUGGUAGUGUGGCAGUGUUCCUGUUUGGACACUUUAUCACUAGGAAUGAGGUCACAGGAUGGUGUUCAAUCAAUGAUACUUAUCAGUUCUAUUUCUGGGUGUUGCCAUUGGCCGGCUCACUACUCUGGAACAUGCUCUGCUAUGUACUCAUCUAUGUCAAGUUUAGAAAGGUGCUCUCGUUCAAUAAGUUUGGACAGCAAUCACAUCAACUACAACGACACAUUGCCAAGAAACUAUCUCUCUACAUGGCGGCAUUCAUUCUAAGCUGGAUCUGGGACAUCAUCAAUCACACCGUCUUUUAUGCCGUGAAGCAAUGUCCACCAUUCUGGAUGUGGGUACUCCAAGACCUAUUCUCUCCUUUACAAGGAUUCUUCAACUUCAUUGUCUAUUCAUUUGCCAACUUGAAACAACUUUAG